AUGAUGCUCUUGGCAUUCGCACUUCCAGCUAGCCUCGCUGCAGUGGGUCAGAUCUUGACUGCGUGGGACUGGAGAAUCUGGCUGGUGGUCUUCAUCGUUGGCUCCGUCGUGCUGCAGCACAAAGGGCCAGUGUCGGCAGAAGAGCAAGCAUCCAAGGUGGCCAAGGCGGCAAAGCGUCACCAGGAGGCCGGCGACUUCCAGGUGGCCUACCUUCUGCUGACCCGUGGACUCCGGCUGCUGGGCGUUUUCGACGGCGCUGGCUCCGGCUCCGCUGGCUCUGCUGGCUCCAACGGCUCCAACACGAAGAGCAAUGCUGAGACCGCCGCGGAGCUGCGGCGGCGGCGUGCUGAGUUGCUGCUUGCUCGCGGCUUCACAGGGCCUUGCCUGCAAGAGGCCCGUUUCAUCACUGGCCCUGCCGCGGGCUUGCUUCGAGCACGUGCUUUGGCAAAGCAGGGCAAAUGGCCCGAAGCUCUGGAAGUCAUGAAGGAGCCAGGCGUGCAGGAGUACGCCCGUGAGAACUACUCCGACAAGAUGCAACCGCUAGUGGAGAUUGGUGCCAGGCAAGUGGCUGGGCAGAUUGACGUGCCUAUUCUCAUGCGUGCGGCCAUCGCAAACAAUCACUAUGACAUACCGGGUGAAGCAGGACCCUUGAGGUACCAGUCUCCGAAGUUGACCCGGGAGAAGAUACCGGGCCGAGGUCAAGGAAUGAUCGCUACAGCAGACAUUGCAGUUGGCGAGCUGUUGAUUUGCGAGCGUCCAUUGGACCUCAUCCGGCCAGGAGACAUUGACUGGGCUUAUGGAGCAGACUUGGAGGAGGUGCUGACACAGCGUUUGGUCCAGAGGUGCCUCCACGAGGCUCAGCUUUGCGAAGACGUUUGCAAGCUCUUUGAUGGCGAGGCCUCGGAUGGUCCACACUGGGUGCCCCACCCAUGGCAGCAAGAGGACUUUGCUGUGCCGAUGCCCAAGGGUGCCGGCACUCCUCUCCUGGAGAGCCGCCUGAGGAGAAUCGUCAAGAUGAACGCCCAUCGCUGGCCUGGCUGCCAUCCGCAGACAUUGACCCCCAUGCCGGGGCUGGGUCUUUGGGUCGUCCCGCCGAUGGUAAAUCAUGCCAUAGAGUCCGACAACAUGCCGAACACUGCCCACGUUUUCAUUGGAGAUGCCAUGGUGUUUCGAGCCACGGCUCCGAUCAAAAAAGGGGAUGAAGUGCUUGAUCGCUACAGUACCCCACUGGCAGACCGAUUCCAAUGGACACUGCACACCUUGGCGGCUCACGAGAUGUGCGAUGCCACAUACGAGGCAGCUGCCGUUCGUUGGGAAGAGCCACCGCUGCAGUUGCAGGGCAUCAGCUCCGAAAUGCCAUUGUCCGACUCGCGCAAGCGGCUGCUAGAGAGCUUGCGGCGGAUCGAGCGCAAGGAGGUGCAGAGCCACGGCCUGCACACAGUCUCAAGGGAGGAGUACAUGGAGCUGAAGGAUUGUUACUUCGCAGCUGCAGCUGAGACACGGCAGGAGUUGCAGGAUAACAAACUGAAGGAGCUGCCCCUUGCCCCACCUGAGGUGCGUUGCCUCAACCUCUUGUGCCCUUUGAGCUUUCACUUUGACAGCCGCAGCCCCUGCUUGGAGCUCCGUGCCGAGCUGGCGCGGCGUGUUGCCUUGGCAAGGCCGUUCCACUUUGCUGAGGUGAAGAUCUGGGCAGAGCUUUUUGAUCGCUUCAAGAAGAUGGAGGAGGCGAAUGCAUCCUUCAGCGCUGAGGAGACAACCCUGCGAGAAGAGAUCGAUCGGGAGCUGGCCCGUUGCGCCGAGUUUUGGCAGGGUGCUACUGGUGCUGCCGCUCCCAGCGGAAGUGGAUCAGGCGAAGCACAUCAGCUGAAGAACGAGGAGUUCGCUCUAUGGGUGAAAGGAUGCACGGGCCUCGAUGCUGUGGUACAGAAGUUUUCCGCAUCAGGGCUGAAGACUACAUCCUUCGUGAUGGUGAAAAAACACCGAGAGACAGCGGAUGUCGUGAGCUUCAACAGUGCUGCCUUUGCCUGUGCCCUUGGCACACACUGGGCCAUGGCCGUGGCUGUCCUGGCUUCCAUGGCGAAGGCCUCGCCCACGGUGAUCAGCUACAACACCGUGGCCUUGGCGUGCAAGGAAGCGGCGGAGUGGCAGCGAUGCCUUUCACUGUACGGCCUGUUGGCAGAGAGGCGGCUGAGCCCGGACGCUGUCAGCGACAGUACGGCCGCCAGCGCCCUUGCCAAAGCUGCAAGGUGGGAGCAGGCUAUCUUGGUUGCUGGACGCUUGCCACUCCUACGGCUGGCACCGUCACCCGUGGUGCAUGGAGCGGCUAUCGCAGCUUGCGAGAAAGGCUGGCAGUGGAGGGCAGCCUUGGCCCUUCGCGCCGAGCUCCUGGCGGCCGGGGUUGGCUUCGUGCCGGCGGCGCUCGCGGCGCAGAAUGGCGCAGUGUCCGCUUGUGCGAAGGUGCAGUUCUGGGAGAUGGCGCUGUUCUUGCUUUCAGAGAUGCAUGGAAGGCUUCGGCCGUCUGCGGUGACAUAUAACUCCGUCCUCAGCGCUUGUGGGCCGAAGAGCUGGGAGCACUCGGUGGCCCUUGCAGUCGAGAUGCAACGUGCAGAGAUGGUCCUGGAUGUUGUCAGCUACACGGCUUUGGUAGCGGCGGCUGGUCCCAGAAUGGCUAUGGCGUUGCUUGUGCAAAUGCAGGCAAGGCAGGUGAAGCCGGAGACGAUGACGUUAAAUGCCGCGUUGAAAGCGUGCCAAUCAGCCCUCCACUGGGAUGCUGCGGUGCGGAUUUUCUCUGAGGCCCAGGAAGCAAGGGUUAGGUUGGACUCUGUGUCCUGCACGGCUCUCUUGGACUCGCUGGCAUGGUCUGGGAGUGGUGGAAGUGACCAGCUCCUGGAGAUUCUACCCACACUUCAACGUAAGAAUUUGACAUCAGUUCUCUUGGAACCGCAGGCCGACGAACUGAAGCAGCUGGGAGGGAGCAUGCAGCCUGACUUGAAGGCACUUGCAGCACUCUCAGCCACACUGUCUCUCACCACCUUCGCGGGCGAACGCUGGGCACCAAGCUGGGCCUCUUGGGGGCUGGUCCUGGUGCUGUUGCGCCGCACGGUGCUCGCAUGCGGAGAGCAAGGCUUGCUGCGCCGGCUGGAAGGGCUGAGCCAAGAUGCCCUAGAUUCCUUAGAUUCCCAAGAUGUGAGACGACAAGACAUUCAGGAUCGGCUGGGUUUGUCGAAUCCUUUUGGGCUUGGCCCAGUGUUGGCGAACCUCGCACUGGAGGCGCUGGGUUUGUCGAGCGUUUCUCGUGAACCUCGCCGUCCACUUUUGGUAACGUCCACUUGGGAGCCGGUGGCUCGACAGCUGUGGGCUGAAGUGGACAUGGACAUGGAUCUCCGGUCGCAGUCGAUGCAGCAUCAAUGGGUAGUUGGCUACGGCGGAGCGCCUACAUGCGAUGUGCACACCAUCCCGCUCACCAGACGUUGA